UUAAAAGUAUAAUUUGGCCCCGUGAACACUUAAUAUUUCUGAAUCAAACCAAAGUUGUAGAGUUCAUCAACUUCUCAAUACCAAACCCCAAAAAAUGGGUGAGAUAAAUCAUUCAAAGCCGCAUGCUAUCUUGCUUGCAUACCCUUUCCAAGGCCACAUAACUCCGAUGGUCAAUCUGGCUGUGAAUCUUGCUUCAAGGGGCUUCACAAUCACUUACGUCCAACUCGAAUUUAUCCAUCACACCUUGUCUAAGGGCCAUGACCGUGCUGGAGACGUCGAUGUCUUCGUUGAGGCUAGGAAGUCGGGCCUUGACAUACGUUACACGACUAUGUCCGAUGGUUUUUCACUUGAAUUUGACAGAAAACUCAACAUGAGCGAGUACUGGGAAGGCAUGAUUCGUGAUUUUCCUGCACUUGUGGAUGAACUAAUCGGGAGCAUAACGACAUCGGAUUCAUCAGCCACGGCUUCUAUUCUGGUUGCUGAUACUCUAUAUUCAUGGCCGGCUGCGAUUGCCAAGAAACACAACCUCGUGCACGUUUCGUUGUGGACGGAGCCGGCUACCGUGUUCGCGAUAGACUAUCACUUGGAUCUUCUCAGAGAAAAUGGCCAUCUUCCGUGUAGUGGCAAUGGUGACAACUGCAUAAAUUACAUACCCGGAGUAAAAUCUAUUAGUUCAAAGGACCUGAUGUCGUAUAUCCAAGCUCCUGAUGUUGUACCUGUGCUGAUGAAGAUCGUGGCUAAGGCAUUCGAGCAGGUCAAGAACGCAGAUUUUAUCUUAUGCAACACAGUACAGGAACUAGAAGCAGAGUGCCUGUCAGCUCUCAAUCUUAAGCAGCCAACUUAUGCCAUCGGCCCGAUGAACUUUUUCUCGGACUUUACAAAUACCGUUGUCGAAAAAAGUCUAUGGCCCGAAUCAGAUUGCACCCAUUGGCUCAGCUCUAAGCCUCCUGCCUCAGUUUUGUACAUCUCAUUCGGCAGCAUUGUUCAGAUUAACAAGCAGGAGAUUGUGGAGAUAGCUCAUGGGCUUCUCCUUAGUCAGGUUAACUUUAUAUGGAUCCUGAGAAGUACUGAUGCUCUCCCUGCUGGAUUUCAGGAUGAUGUGAAAGAUGGAGGGCUCAUCGUCCCUUGGUGCAAUCAGAAUGCCGUCCUUUCCAGUCCUGCCGUUGGGGGAUUUUUGACACACUGUGGUUGGAACUCGGUCCUGGAGAGUAUGUGGAGUGGAGUACCCAUGAUUUGCUAUCCUCUUUACGUUGACCAGCCGACGAAUAGGAAGCUGGUGGUCGACGAUUGGAAGGUUGGGAUUGAUCUUUGCGAUGGAGGGCGAGUUACGAGCGAGGGAGUUGCUAGUAAGAUUAAUAUCUUGAUGAGGGGAAAAUCAUCUAUUGUUUUGAGGGAACAGAUCAAGAAAGUAAGCAGGAUAAUGAGGAACGCAUUCGAAACAGAUGGAUCGUCACAGAGAACGUUUGAUCAAUUUGUGGAUGAUUUGAGGGGCAGACUGUAUGCAAGAAGGGAGGAUAUUGGAUCAAACAAUUAGUCAUCAACAAUUUUCUUCUGGAGUAUGUCGCAUUUGGACGGCGCUUCGCCCAGAGAAAGGAUAAGGGGCCGAAGAGAGUAACGUCGUCUAGACCUUAGAAGUCAAGAGUUGGAACCCAGCAAUAUGUGUGGGACGUUGUUUUUACUACAUAGUAGGUGUUGUUUCUACUACAUAGUAUGCAUUGUCUACUUUAACAGUAGGUAUUGGUUACCCUUUAUUAAAAUAUGACUGUUUUAAUAAUUUUUGUUAGAUAUUGAUACUCGACGUGAAUAAUUGUAAUCGA